AUGAGUCGACGACAGGAGAUUAAGGAGAAGGAGGCGUUACAGGCUCGUUUCCAGCAUGCGAUGACUCAGAACUCGAAGCUCGCGUUGAAUUGGCUCCGUCCCAAUCAGGCAGUCAACAAUACCAAAAAUACGCCCGCGGCGCCAUCGAGCCAAGGUUUGACGGCUGCUCAUGCUAAUCAGUUUUUUGAUCUACCGGUGGUGGCUCAGGGGGCUAGUCUUAGUGAAUUAUCCGUGGCGAAACUGGGGAGAACUGUCGGUCAAUUUGUUAAGGGCACUACCCCGGCUAAACCCCACGCCGUCACCAAACCCCGCAAGCUGAAGGCGAUGCAGGCGUUGCUGAACAAGAUGAGAGACGAUAAGCGGUCUCAGCUUAAUCAACGGGCAUCGGCUAAGCCGUCUUAUUCGUCAAAACCGUCGAGACCUCUGGUGCUGGCAUCAAAGGCAAAUAAUGGCAAUAAUAAUAAUGAUGAUGACGAUGAUUCGGACUCUGAUUCCGAUGGCGAGGCUAAACGUAAGUUUACCGCGAAAAAAGUGGUGUCGAAGAGGCCGUUUUAA